AUGGCGCAGGCGACAUCACCAAAAAGCUCGCGAUCCAGCAGUCAUGAGAGCGGCGGCACUGAGCGACGCAGAGGCAAGAUGUCCCAGGUCAUUGAGUCGGAGGACGAAGGCUCGUCUGCAAACGAUGAUGAAGACGAAGACGAAGACGAUGGACCCAACGGUGAUGCCGCCUCCCAGAGAAGCAACUCGGAAGAUGAGCUUGGUAGUCAUGCCGACGACAGGUCGGACGCGGGGUCAAUUCAAAGCCGCGACGCCAUGGACGACAUCAAAUCUGGCGAGAAAGCCAAAGACAAAAGCGUCGACGAGAACGGUGACGGGAAAGCUGAUACCACUACACCGCCGCCGCCGGAGAGCGUGAGAACACAAUCACCGGCAGACCAGAUUGCACCGAUAGAAUAUGUGCCGUAUGAUGAGCCUGAUUUUGGCCUCGUGGACGGGGAUCGCGGCGUCUUUAAAGAUGGCAUAGACUUUGACGUUGUUCUCGUGCAUGGCCUCCAUGGAAGCAAGGCAACCACAUGGUGUGAUGAAGGGGAGUCGUGGAACAAAACUCUGAUAAAAGAAGAUCUGUUUGGUUAUUGGACAGUCCGGGAACUAUACUACUGGUACGAAACCAACUGGGAGUCAACUCACAUUUACUUCCCUGACGGCAUCAACGAGGAAGCACAGAAAUUGGUGGAUGAAUUGGUGGAGGCGAGGAAAGGUCUCGACACAGAGAAGCCCCGUCCAAUCGUCUUCGUAGGCCAUGAUAUCGGCGGCCUCAUCGUCAAGAAAGCUCUUGUCAUCGCAGCCUCAAAUGCCGCCAAAUAUGGCAACAUUCCUUGGGAGACGUCAACCCUGAUCUUCUUAUCAGUCCCCAACCGCAUCAGAGAGCUGGAGCGACUAGAGGAUGAGCUGAUCGACCUAAUCAGCACGGACACAACGAUCCCGGGCCUGGUGCGCAAGGCGUCGCAACUGGCACGCGAUAUCAGGACGGUCAACGCCGAGUUCCUCGACACCAACAUGCUGCUCCGCGCGAGCAUUUUCAGCGUGUAUUGUCGUGACAACCGCGACUUCGCGACUGAGAAUGAAACAACUGGCUCGCCCUUCCCAUUCAACAGAUUCACGGCCGUCUUCGAGACGCCGUUUGAGUUUUGUUGCCACACCUAUAGAUCGCACAAGAACAUCACCCGUAAGCCAGCAAAAGGAGACUCAGACUGGCCCUUGGAAAUCAAGAGGGUAAUUAAUGAACUCCCCUUUUAUACAAACAUCCAUGAUAGCAUAGCAAGACCCAGUAAGAGGCUCCUCUCAUCGACUCCUCCGAUUUAUCCGUACUCGGGGAGGGAUUAUCACGAGGACCUGUAUUCGUGGUUCAUCGACCAUGAGUCAUGCAACGAGUGGUUGGCAAGCAAUCGAGGUCUCAGCAUAAUGCAUGUGCAUCAUCAAGUCGAAGAGGCAGACAAUAGUGCCUCGCAGUCCAUCGGCGCUUCACGAGCUGUCGGCAUGUCACAGGCCAUCUUCACCUGCAUAUACACGUACCUCAAGGAUCAUCCAUCCAAAGGAGAGAACUGGAUAUGCUACUUCCGUUUCGAUAAGACCGAUGCGCGUUACAGGGACAUCAAGGCGAUGCUCAUAACAUUUCUCACCAUGAUCAUUUCCCGCUUUAGCUUUGACGUCGGCAGUGCUGCGGAGGGGAUGGAAGAUUUUGACAGGAACGUCAAUGUUAGCGACCUGGUCGACAUCUUCCAGGGCUUUAUGGGGCUACGAGACAACUAUAACACGGAGAAGAUCACGUUUUGCGUCGGCUGUUUCGACCAGUGCGAGGAGGAGUCCCGCAACUGGUUUUUGAGAGAGUUGAUCCGACUGGGAAGUCUCAAGGAAAGCCGUGACAAGUGGCUGUUCGACAGUAGCGAUCCCGACUUCCUCAAGGCGGAGGAGGUGCCGUCUGGCGGUAUUUGGAGGAUCAACGCCGCAGACGCGGCGACGUGGCGUCCGCGCAGUCCGAGUUCCAACUCUCAGGCGAGUGUCAGCGUGCGAGGGUCCAGCCCAGUACCAGAGCCAGACGUGGCAGUUGCGGGAUCUGUCGUCGGCGACGGGAAUACCCAGAAGAGCGGCGAUGCCGUUGUCGAUGGCCCAGAUAUCCAUCCUGAUAAAGAAUUAAAGAAGGAUGAUGCCGAAGCUCCAGCUGCCGACCAGGUAUCGAAAACGGAUGGCGAUGUCCUCAUUGAGAUCCCUCAAAACACCUCAGAACCUCCAGCAGCGGAUGAUGACCCUGUAGCGGGCGAGGGAACCCCCACUUCAGAGGUUGACGAUGUCGUGCCGGUCCCAGCUAUGAACUCCCGGAUUUUAAGGGUGCUGGAUGACAGGCCAGUGCUCCACCACAUCAAAGAGGAACUCAAGGCUCUAGUCUGCCAACAUAAGGGCGAGACCACGAAACCCGCCUGUGCUGUUCUCGACUGGCUCUUCCGCAAGAGCCAACACGCCACAAUGGCCACAGUCGAGGCGCUUGUCGCCAGGCCAAAGUCGCUUGGCCCUGAUGAAGUUUUCCGGAGCAUGCUUGACUUUGUCGACCAGGAGACCCAAUCCCAGGCGCAUAGGCUCGUCACUCUUCUUCGACACACACUGCGACCACUGUCGAGCCACGAAGCCGCCGUUGCUCUGACCGCCAUGGCGCAUCCUCGAGCGACACUCACAGGCGCUGAUGUUGCGGGCAUAAUCGACCCUCUGCUUCACAACUUCCCAGGCGUUUUUGAGCUGAGAGGCCAAGAGAUCUUCGUCUGGUCCCUCUUUGAACCAUUGUCGGAAGAAAUGGACUCAAAGGCCCAUGCCGGACGUUCAUCCUCUGAUCGAAGAACACUCUGA